AUGCACGCGAGCGGGAGGGAUGGUUCCCGUAACCACCCAAGCCAAAGCUUUGCGGGCGUGCCAGAUGGCUGUGCUGAGGGUAACGAUUACCGGGCCCACGUCAUGCAUGGCGAUCGAUCACCCCUGGAGGUGAUGGGUCAGUUGCCCCGAGAGCCUUUGCGAGUGGAUGCGACCAAUUAUUCCGCAUUAUCUCGCACCGGGUGGCGUCCCUUUGGCCUUCCAAUCACUUCUAGCAUCGAAUAUGACGCAGCAGCAUCUCGUGGAACCUCGCAUGGACUUAGUGUGAGGCGGGUGUCGGAAUCACAUGCAGCCCUCGUUAACAACCUUACCAAACGCAAUUCCAGCUCGUUGCUGACGUCCAACAUGCAGAAUUUGACAGACAGGGGAAUGCUCUGGAGUGAUCUUUUUGCUUUUGGCGACGAUGCUCAGGUGGAACACCAGAAGCACGUUACCAACGUUAAUAUCGAGGAGAUAUGUCUUUGGACUGCGCCUGUUUCCGCCGGGCGCUGCGUUCUGCCCGGGGCGGAAGUGGGAAUUGUACCAACACGGCCAAAAAAAUUCACAAGGGCAGCGACGUUAUCAGAUUUUCAGCGUGAGCCUGCUACGGUGAGUACGACGCAAGGGGCGGAUAAUAAUGCCGCAACGACGAAUUUUGACGACUCAAAUAGGGGAAGUGUAUCGUGUAUGAGGGACGUUUUAAACGACGCUGCCUCUGUGAUGUCGUCUUUUUCUUCUGAGAACAGUUUGUUGACACAACGAGUGGCCACACCUUUUUCCGCCAAUAUUUCACAAAGGCUUGAUAUUGCACGACGCCGAAAACGCGGUGUUUUUGCUCUUUUUGGCACUAUAGAGCGGGGUUACUUUGAGUCCUUUAGUCGCAUGUUUAGGCGAAAUCAGCUAGUAUUAGAGGUGUUUCUUGAGAGUGUGCUAAAGUCCAAUCAGGACCUUUACCCGAAGGAAAUUGACUUCCUGGAUUUCCUUCGACAGGGGCAAAGGACUCCCGAUGAGCAGUUUUUUAUGGAUCCGCUCAUCUCGUGGCCCCUACACUUGUUGUAUGAAGUUUCCUGCUUCUACGUCUCGGCGAAGCUGCAUGGCUACCAUGACACCUUUGAAACCAUCCGCCAGCAAGGUGGCCUGUUUGCUAGCGGCAAGGGUAUUUUUGCGGCACUGGCAGUUGCCAUGUCACCAACAGAGGAAGAGCUGGUCCAUCAUGCUUCUCGAAUGUAUCGUGCAACCUUUUUUGUUGGGUUGGUGUACAGUAAAAUGGAGAAGCGACUUCAAACGCAUCUUGAAAAUAGCCCACAACGCAGCUUUGCGCUGCUUCUUGUCAACAUUUCAACCAUAUCGUUGCAGCUGCUUCUUGACGAGGUAAAUAAAGUAAGUUUUGGGUCAGGGAAUUGUGAUGGCUGUUGUGGCCGUAAUAAAUGUUGUGUUAUUCCCAUGUCAAAAUUGGAGAUGACGCGCAUUAUCAGCUCUCAUUCAGCCAUUGUAUGUGGUCAUCCUUUAGAUUUGGAACGAUUGAGUACUGUCCUUGUUUGCUACGCUGAAUCCACGGGGGUGAGGGUUCACAUGGAGUAUCUUUUGACUACAGUACCGGAGAAUAGUACCUUCUACAACCAAUGGCAACACCUAGAGCUGCUGCAGAUGUGGAAGGAUAAUGGUGUGGAGUUGGAAGACUCCGAACUUCAACUGACUCUGUACUCUCCCGUAGAUGGGCAGCCGUGGAAGAACUCCUCUAAAUGCACUCUUGCUGAUUGCAUUGCGUCGACGACGACAUGCUCUUCGCAGGACUUAACGUAUUCGCUUCAGCACAUGCGUGGUGGUGACGUAUUACUUGACUUCUCAGGUGCUACUCCGUGCAUGAGUCAACUCAUUGCCUGGACGCGGCGGAAUAUUACAGUAUUGUCUGAGCCUGCUGAUUGUGUGAGCACAAAUGUGUUCCCGUCUCCGCGUAGAAGUCCCGAGGAUGGCAUCAUCCGAGAGACUCUUGCAAGGUGCGCACGAAUUAACACGGUUCUGCAGAACAUGAAGUGGGAAGGAAAACCUUACAGAGCUUGUGUUUUGGACUUGACCACGAGUUUUGUUGAUCUAGGUCUGUUGAUAAGCUCGGAGGAGUUUUUAAAGACUUAUUCAGGCGUCUCCUAUUUGAAGGGCUCCACAACGGUGAGGAAGCUUUCCGGCGUUUCCACCACACGAUAUCAUCAACAUGAGCUCUCGGCAGAUGUUCGAUCGAACUCUGGUAAAGACAUGGCAAUGAACUCGCACAACGAUGAUUUAUUUUGUGCGGCUGGUGGUCACAGCGCAUCGGCUGCGACUGGGACUAUUCGCCACGUUAUCCAGCCCAACGAAAAAUUGCCAUUUGUCGUGGACAUUUAUCAGGACUCGCCCGUGGUCCGAUACUACGAAAUGCAGUCUAAAGGAUUCUUAACGAGAGGCGCAGUGGAAUUUACACAAAGAUUGUCGCUUUGCACGGGAAUUGCGUUUCCUCCUCACACGCUGCUGAUGUGCCCCACAGUGUUGGCUCUUAUGGAGCUGUGGGACACGUAUGGCUUUUUAAGGCACAAGAUAAGUGACGAUGAGUAG